CCACAGCGCGAUGAGCUCCGAGUGCAGCAGCUACCUCAACGCCGACAGGGUGCUGGUGAGCGGCUUCAGCUGCCCGCAGGUGGGAGGCGAUGCCCGCGCCGUAUACUGCUGCGGCUUCCAGGACGUCAAGUACUGCUGCGAUGACCCCCACAGCUUCUUCCCCUACGAGCACAGCUACAUGUGGUGGCUCAGCAUCGGAGCGCUUGUGGGCCUGUCAAUAGCAGCGGUGGUCCUGUUUGCUUUUAUCAUCACUGUGUGUGUUCUCUGUUAUUUGUUCAUCAGCACAAAGCCACGCAGCAAAUUGGAUACUGGUUUAAGCCUACAGAUGGCAGGUACGGAACUGCAUCAUUCACAUGGCGGCUACCAAAACAAGCUGUUGACAGAACCAAGUGGCUUCAGGAGAUAUUUCCUCAGCCACAAGAUAGACCGUGACCCACAAGAACCUCACCAACUUUUCCAGAGUUUUUUCCUGGCUGCCGUAAUUGCAGCUGAUUUCAAGACGUCAGCCUGAGCUGUGCCAGGAUAUGCAUUUCUGUAUGGUUACUGUACUGGGAAGCAUACUUUAAUUUGCAUCAGCUACUGCUGCUAAUUACUUUUUUGCAAAUUGUUGUCUUAUGCUGUGCAAUUUUGGUGAUAUAACAGUUGUCAGGCAGAGUGUAAUUUGGUACACCCUGUUGACCAAGCUUUGUUUGAAAUUUUCCUUGUGUGCCAUCUUAAUGCGAUGUCUUUGCAUUAUUAGUAUGAUCUUUAAUCAAGUGUGAUGAUUUGUUUCACAAACAUGAAUGCAGUUCCUCAAUAAAAUCUGGCAUUCACUUAUGUUGUUUUUCUUAAUUCAUCACUUUCCCCAACUUA